AUGGACGAGAGUCUCUACGACGGCGUGAGCGCCGAGCAGCUCUUCCACAACAAGGACAGCAAUGGCCUCACCUUUGAUGACGUUAUUUCCCUGCCUGGCCACAUUAACUUUGGCGUUCAGGACGUGGAGGUGGCCACGAAGUUGACCAAGAAGGUAAAGCUAUCGGCUCCCAUCGUGAGCUCUCCCAUGGACACCGUGACGGAGGCCAACAUGGCCAUCGCUAUAGCACUACAGGGUGGACUGGGAUUCCUACACUGUAACAACUCGAUUGAGCAGCAAUCCGAAAUGGUGCGCGCGGUAAAGGUCUACGAGAACGGCUUCAUCCCCGAGCCAAAGGUGCUGGGACCGACAAAUACUGUUCUCGACCUGGAUCAGCUGAAGGUUUCUGGUGUCCCUAUUACGGAGGACGGACAACCUACUGGAAAACUUGUGGGUCUGGUCACGAGCCGCGAUGUGGACUUUAUUGAAGACCGCUCGGUGGCAUUGUCGACCAUCAUGGUGCCUCUCAAGCAGUUGAUUGUUGGCACGUAUCCGAUCUCGCUUGAGGAGGCCAACAUGGUGCUGAAGGAGGCGAAAAAGGGCACUCUUCCCAUUGUGGAUGCGUCGGGUAACCUCGUGUCUCUCAUGACCCGCUUGGACUUACUCAAGCACCGCGACUAUCCGAACGCUGUGCGUGACCCUGAGACCCAUAAACUGCUUGUCGGUGCUGCUGUGUCGGUGAACGAGCAGGCCAAGUCGCGCAUCGAUGCGCUUGUGGCUGCUGGUACCGACGUCAUUGCUCUGGAUGCCCGCCAGGGUGACAGCGCCGCCCAAAUCGACCUCGUCAAGUACAUUAAGCAGACACACCCGUCUGCAGAAGUUGUUGGUGGCAAUGUUGUUACCGCGAAGCAGUUGAAGAACCUGCUUGACGCCGGUGUGGAUGGUGUCCGUGUUGGGAUGGGUGUGGGUUCUGUGUCCACCUCGCAGGUCGUGAAGGCCGUAGGUCGUGCCCAAUGGUCGGCAAUCUACAAUACCGCUCUUCUAGCCAAGGACUACGGUGUCCCCGUCAUCGCUGACGGUGGCAUCGGUAGCCCUGGAGCUGCUAUCAAGGCGCUCUCUCUUUGUGCUUCGGUUGUUAUGAUGGGAUCGAGUCUUGCAGGCACAGCGGAGGCCCCAGGCGACUACUUUUUCCAGGACGGCAUGCGUCUGAAGCACUACUAUGGCAGCGGCAGUCAUGAGUACUACCGCCACGGAAACGCUGCUCACGCUGCUGCCGCUGCCAGCCACGUUGCUGUCGGUGUGUCCGGUGCAGUAGUGGACCAGGGCAGUGUGCACAAGUACUUGCCAUACAUCCAGCAGAGUAUCCGUCACGGUUUCCAGGACCUGGGAGUGGGCUCGAUCCCGCAGCUACACACUGCACUGUACAAGGGCGAUCUGCGCUUCGAACGCCGCACUGUCAGUGCACAGAAGGAGGGCGGUGUUCACGACCUGUUCACGUACUCCAAGCAGCUCUACGCCCAGACAACUUCGCUGACGCCGAACUGA